AUGGCUACCCCAGCAACUUUGAAACCAUCUGCUCCACCUAUCGACGAUCCUAAAGAGGCUCUUUUGCCAGGUGAACACACCUUACCAGCUUCCUGGUGGACCUCGGAGAAGGUCUUCGAGUUGGAAAAGAGAGCUAUCUUCAACAAAUCAUGGUUGUUCUGUACUCACUCUUCCAGAUUCAAGAAGGCUGGUGAUUACUACUCAUUCAACUUCACUGGAAUCAACUUCUUUAUCAUCAAGAACAAGGCCGGUGAGCUCAAUGCUUUUCACAAUGUCUGCCGUCACAGAGCUUACCCUGUGAUCAGAAAGGAGAAGGGAUCAUCUAUUGUUGUUGGAUGUAAGUACCACGGGUGGUCUUACAACACCGACGGAGUUUUGACUAAGGCCCCACAUUUUGACAAUGUUGAGGGUUUCAAGAAGGAGGAGAACUCUUUGUUUCCUAUCAAGACUCAUGUUACUGAGCAGGGAUUGAUCUUUGUCAACUUUUGCAACGAUCCAGAACAAUUUAUUGAGUUUGACAAAUGGUUCGAGGGCUUGAACACUGAAAUGAAUGAGUUUGACUUCUCCGAUUACGAGUACCACAUGUCAUACGAGUUGGACGGCCAGUUCAACUGGAAGACCUUGAUGGACGGCUACCAAGAGUGUUACCACUGUCCAACCGCCCACCCAGGUUUGAACUCUGCUUUCAAGAUGGAAACUUAUAAGGUUGUUCCAAAGACGAGAUACUGUCGUCACUACGCCGAGAUUGUCAGAGAGGAGAUUGCAGUGGAAGAUGACAAUAAAGAUGCUGACGAAGAGUCAUCGUGGUUCGGAUUUGGCAAGAAGAAGGUCGAGAAGGCUGUCGAGAAGGAAAAGAAGAAGAACCCAGGUGGAGAGUUCAACGGUUUGUGGGUGUACUUGUAUCCAUCUAAUGGUAUCAACUGCUACUCCCCAGCAUGGUACUCUAUCAGAGUGUUACCAAUUUCUGCUACACACACCGUCUUGCAAUACGACAUCUACACCAAAAAGGGAUUGCCAGAUGCCGAGAAGAAAGAAUUUGUUGACUUCUUGCAGUUAGUUGAGUUGGAGGACUUUAACUUGUGUCAGUUAACUCAGAAGAACUUGAACCAGGGUAUCUAUGGCUCUGGCUUCUUACACCCAACCAAGGAGAGAGGGGUGUUGUACUACCAGGGCUUGGUUCGUGACAUGGUUAAGGAUCACUUUGCCUUGGAGGAGAAGAAGGGAGGUAUUGUUAACCCGGCCUACUUGGGCGGAGCCCUCAAUGAUGAAGUGAAGGAGUUGGAUGAGCUUUGCAACAAGUUGGAUUGCGGCUCUGGUGAAAAGAGUGGAAUUGAUUGGUAA